AUGUCGCGUGCCCAACAACUAAAGGACGACGGCAACCGCCACUUCAAGAGAGGCGACUUUCUCGUUGCCGAGAGUCUCUACUCGCAAGCUGGCUGCUUUAGCUCUAUCAUCACCAUCAUCACUAUCAUCACUAUCAUCGCUAUCAUCGCUAUCAUCGCUAUCCUCGCUAUCCUCGCUAUCCUCGCUGUCGCUGGCCUCUUCGGCGCCGGCCAGCGUGACUAUGACUCGAAUAAUGCUACCCUCUACACCAACCGAGCUAUCGCCCGCCUCAAGCUCGAGCUCUGGGAUUCCGUCGUCGCCGACUGCGAGUCCGCGCUAGCCCUGCCCACCGCCACGGACGCCUCCUCGCUCAAGGCCCAGUACUACCUGUGCCAGGCCUGCCUGCGCCUCGGCGACCCUGAGGCCGCCGUCGCGGCCGGCCUCGCGUCGCACGCCCUCUGCGUCGCCAUCAACAGUACAUCUCUGGCUGCCGUUACGGACUUCGUACUACACGCGAAAAAGGCCCGCUGGGAGCAGCGUGAGCGGCAGCGCAUUAGGGAGGAGGGGGAUCUCGAGCGCGACCUGCUGCGUCUGCUCCGGGCCGAGCGCGACAAGGAUGCCGCCGCUGCCGCGUCGGAUGACGAGCGCAGGAUGGUGGAGGAGGAGGCCGCGGCCAAGGAGGAGUCCUUAAGGAACACAUUUGAGCGCUCGAGGAAGUUGAGCGGAGAGGGGAAACGCGAGGUGCCAGAGUGGGCGAUUGAUGACAUUUCGUUUUGCUUCAUGGUGGAUCCAGUCAUGACGAAGAAUGGCCACUCAUACGAACGCGUCUCCAUCAUGAAGUAUCUGCGGCACAACCCCUACGAUCCGCUUACAAGAGAGCCCCUCGCCCCGUCCGACCUCCGACCAAAUAGAGCUCUGCGGGAAGCCUGCGAGCAGUUUCUCUUUGAGAACGGCUGGGCCGCUGACUACUAA